UUGAGGAUGGAUCGUUUAUACAUUGACAGCUAUAUGAAGGAUAACAAUCACUAGUAAGGGGGAUCGUAAAAAAAGAUAGCUAUAAGUGCCUCUUGGAUGGCUUCAAAAAAAACCUACUCAUCAAUGACAAUUUUUGUGGAUUUUUUCGAAUUUGUAUACGAAUUUGCGGAUAUCCACCCCCGAUGUUUUCCUCAAAUCGAAACUCACAAAAAGAAGAAGAAGAAGAAACAAACAAUCAAACAAACGAACGAACAAACGAACGAACAAACAAACGACUUACGAAAUUUUGAGAAAGUAUUACACAAUAGUCUAUAUUGUUCAGUUAUUGUUCGGUACUGAUAUUGUUCGGUAUUAUUAGUGGUUACCAUGACUACAGGGGUCACAUUACAUGCCCGAGCUAUAGCUACUAGACAGCCACCUCAUUUCUUAUCCUUCCGCGAAUAAUCUAAAGAUUUCGCGGUAUAUUAUAACCUAAUAUUCAUAUAUUUUGAUCCUUGAGGAAAAUAAGAAUUUUUUGAGUCCCUAUUAUUGUUAAAAACUCGUUUUUUAAAGGACAUUUUGCUCGUAAGAUCAAAUAAUUAGAAAUCAAAUGCAAAACUUAGAGAAUUCCUUGAUCGUCCUGUGUAUAAAUAGUCUGGCGUAAUUGAUUUUCUCUAAAUCAAGACUUCAAACGUUACUCGAAGAUGUCUGAAGAAGCGAAGAAUGGUGUUGAAUCUGAAAGUGUGGCAGAUGGAAGCGAAAGUCAAGUUAAAGAUACCGAAGUAAAAGGUUCUGAUGAAGCCAAGGACACGAGUACUGAAAGCAUCCCUGAGAAUCCUGCACCUGCUAAUGAGACAGAAACACAACCAGACAAACUGGAUAAACCAGAAUCAGGGCAAGAAGGAAAAAAUGAACAAGCAGAACCUGAAAAGACAAAAGAAGAAGACGAAGAAAAGAAAGAUUCUGAACAAGAAACCCCAGAAGGUGCUGUAAAAGACAAAGAAAAUGAAAAGACAGCAGAUAGUGAUGUAGAAAAGAAAACAGAUUCAGGAGCUGCAGAGGAUUCUCCUGACAAAACAUCAGAAUCGGAAAAAUCAACAGAAAAAGAGGCUGAGGCUGAAAAGCUGCCUGCAAAGGAGCAGUCGAAAGAAGAAGAAAGCCAAAAAAAUCCACAAGAAAAAGGUGCUGAAAAAGGAGAAAAGUCAGUUAAUGAAGAAACAUCAAAGGAUGCUGCAAGGACAGAGGAGCCUGGUGUGGAACCCAAGAAACCUGUUGAGCAGGAAACUGAACAUGAAAAACCUGCUGAACAAGGAAAUCCAGAAGAACCUGCUAAACAAGAAACUGAACAAGAAAAACCAGAGAAAGAAACUGGAUCAGAAAAACCGGAUGAUAAAGAAAAAGAACCAGAAAAGCCUGCUGAAUCAGAAGGUGAAGCGGCAAAACCUGUUGAACCAGAAAAAACAGCCGACGAAUGUGCUGAGCCUGAAAAACCUGCUGUGGAAGAAGUUGAAUCAGAAAAACUUGCUGACCAGGAAACCCAACCAGAAAAACCUGCUGAACAAGAAAAUGAGGCAGAAAAACCUGCUGAAUUGGACAACCAAUCACAGGAAAAACCUGAUGAGCAAGAAAACGAGGUAGACAAGUCUGUUGAUCAAGAAAAAGCUGCAGGAUUGGUCAACCAAUCACAGGAAAAACCUGCUGACCAAGAAAAGACUGAUGUGCAAGAAGAACCUGCUGAGAAAGAAAAACCUGAUCUAUCAACAGAGGAAGCUGGUCCAGAUCAACCCGCUACUGAUGAGUCAAAACACGUUGAACAAGAAUCCGAGAAUGUCGAGAAAGAGAGUGGGUCAGAAAAACUUACUGAAAAGGCGGACGAACAAGAAAAACCUGCUGAAAAUGAAACAGAACCAGAAAAACAAGUCGGGAAAGAUGAAACAGAGAAACCUGUCGAAAACGAGGUUUUAGCGGAACCGAUGAAGCGGGUUUCAGUGUCGGAGUCAGUGAAGUCUACAGCAUGGAAAGAGUCUCUAACAACAGACCAUCCUGACAACACCCCCAGAACAAGGUCCAGAGAUGAUCUUCACAACAAACAACAYGCAGAUAGAAGGCUUGUCUAUGAAUUGGAAAGAAAACAAGAACAAGAAUUAGAAUAUCAAAAGAAGAUUCAUGGCCUACAAAAAGAGAUCGCCCGCAUAAAAGGAAGUGCAAGUCAAGCAUCAGAAAGCAGUUCAAAUCAGGACAUCUUAUGGCAGCAGAAGAAUCACGAUUUGCAGAGGGAUUUGGAAACUUCAGACAGAAAAAUCAAAGACCUACAACUGAGAUUAAAGCGCUCAACCAAAGAUGGACAGCUGAAGGACGACAGGAUGGUAUACCUAGAAAAAGAAAUCGAAGAAUUGCGAGAACGCUUGAAGAAGGCUGAAGAAACUAAUAACAAUGUUUCUGCGCAACAAACACAAGAUACAAAGAGUUCUUCCGUAUGCUUAAUCUUAUGAAUCGUGCUGUAUAUUUUAAAAUGAAUUCUUCACUGGUUCUGAUGAACUCCACCUUCAAGGACAAGGGUUGAUGCCGUUUUCAAUCAGGUGGAAUAAGUUUGAGCAGAGAUUAUCUAGGCCUAAUCUUUUAUUAAGGCUAAAUGAUAAGGAUGAAUGAAGAUUUGAAUUCGUAAAUUUUUCAUCAACUGUUCGGGAUAGCUAAAAAAUUUACCCUUGUUCAGCUCAUUAUGUUUAUACUCUGCAUCAUCGUUUAUGAAAGUAAAGGUCUUCCAAUUUCAUAGAAUAUACAGCGACACAUUUCAAGAUUCGAUUUAGAGCCAGUCAAACACUGAGACAAUUUUGGAACAUCUUAAAAAGUUUCUCCAGUUGGAAUUAAAGGUAUUUUUAUAAUUUGAAAAAUAGGGGUGCUGCCACAUCAUUUGGUAGAAAUUGAACUUUUGAAGUAACCUCUCCUGACUUAUUUCUGGAUCAUCCCUUAUGGACGUACAGUACAGUGGACUUGCACUUGCAGUAGCGUUCCGGAAGCUGUUUUGAGCAACUCUCUUGUGCACGUAGCUUUAUUCCUGUCACUAGGUCAGGUCCUGGAGCACGAAAUCCUCAUACGCACGCGUACAAGUAUUUAGUAAACUCUUGUAGAUCUAAAUAUGGUACUACUAAAUCCACGUUGAAACAGCUAAAUCAUUUGAUAGCAUUGAUAUUAUCAAUAAAAGUAAUAAUAUUUGACCAUUAUUAUUAUUAUUGAUUAUUGAUGCUACCCUUGUGACACGCCCAUUUAUAUACUUGAAAUGACUUUGUACAAAAUUGCUGUUUCAUUUCCCAGACAACUCUUAAAUUUUAUUUUCUAAGUAACUGUAGUCACGUACACAAAGUAUAUUUUUGUUUUCUAAAAUAUAGAUAAUUUAAAAGAAAAAGUGACUGAAAAGAAGAAGAAGAAAGAAAUGCACUUUUAUUUCUUUCUCAUCCCUUCAAACCAAAAUGUCUUAAUUUAUUUUGUGUCCUUUCUACCAUGCACUUUGCAGAUUUUGUUUAUAUUAUUUACGUAGUGUGGUAUCCCUAUUUAAUUUUUCUAGCAAGCAAUGCGCAUGCGCGUCAAUCUCGUACCACAUACUCCUAUACUCGACGAAAGAAUUACGAAUUAAGAAUUAGACUCGCAAUCAAACUUGCAUUUUAGUUAUUGAAUUAAAGUUAUUGUGUGAAAAGAUAAAAUUUUYUAUAAUUUACACGAAAAUUAACUCGUGUGUUUGAAUAACUAUUUGCUUUGAUUUCAUUUGAGAGCUACUGGACAUAUGAUGGUUUGUUGACCCUUUUCGAGUGAUCUUCCGCUCUCUUUUGUUCUUUCGUUGUCUCUGUUAUGUAUUUACUCUUGUUAAUUGAAGUGAGAUAAGUAUUUUUAGAGUGCGAAUAAAAAAAGGAUUUUAAUAA